GCCACUCUACGGGAUAGAUCCGAUCAGAAACAUCGUGAACUGGAAUAGUUGUGGGGUGGUUGUGGGCCCGAUCGAUACUUAAGCUAAUCAAUUAGACACCCAAUUAAGCAUCCAGCUCAAUCAUGGAACUGAUGCAUCAACCCGAGAUCAAGCCGAUGACAUCCGUCGACCGUCAGAUUCUCAGGAUCUUCCCUGAAUCUGAAUCUCUUAUACGGCCUUGGAUCUUCCGGUCUUCUGACUAGAAGGCCUCGUCUUGAUUAUUUCUGUCCUAAGGAUGCAUGAAUCUGUAAUUAUUUAGAGAUGGACCUGUCCGGACUGAGCAAUGAUGAGCUAGCUCACCAACUCCGCUCACAUGGUGUCAGCCCUGGACCUAUUGUGGGCUCUACGCGGCGCCUCUACGAGAGGAAGCUGGCCUCUCUGAUGGCUGACGGUCGCCCCGACGGUCCGGCGGUGUCCCCGCAGAGUCCGGCGGCGGCCAGCGACGGCGGCGCCGCCAGGAGGCGACUCGGAGGCGGCUCGGACGGGGCAGACCGUGACCUUUCCGGGCUGGACCCCAACUCGCCGGCGUUGCGUCCAGUGUUUCUGCGGGACGAGACUGACCAGCCGAGCCCGCGGCGGGCAGUCAGUGACCUGAGGGGGUCACCCACCCGGGUCAGGGACCUCAGCACCGCCCAGCUCAACAACAGCCGCUCGGGGGUCGACUCCGUGGCAGACUAUGAGGAGGAGCUGAGGCCGUGGGUCCGCCAGUUCAUCAAACUGCUCAUCCUACUGACACUCGUGGCCGCCGGCUAUUACGUGUAUCAGAACGGCGCCGACUGGCCGGCGGUGAAGUACCUGCAGGAGACAGCCCGCGCCGGCCCCGCCCCCACGCGACCCCCGCUGGUCGCGCCGCCGCCGGCUGCCGGCGUCAAGGACUAGCCACGCUGCAACCGACCGCCUCAGGGGGAGGUGCCCUCGCCAUCAGGGUCUGCCGAUCGGCGCGGAGCGCGGCCCCGCCGGCCGGCAGGGCGAGCCAGAGGAGCCGAGAGGAGUGGAGCGCGGGGACCGCCGGCAGCAGUACCGUGCACGAGUCGCCCGGGUUUUAACGAACACUUCACUGCCGGGCACUCAUCAUCCAGAAACGCCCGCCAUUGCAUAUGAUCAAUAAAUCGCUACGUUGUAUUGUUGUCACGGUGUUUUCAGCGUUACGAGCUGUUCAGCGGAACUAAAUGUGCCCGACAGUUCUGUAAUAUUAUGCACGUUUUAAACAGCGGCGUGCUGAAAAUCGUACGUGAUCAUUCUGUGGUAAAGCUUAGCUAAGGAUGUGGAGAUGGGUGUGAAACUCAUUCUGAAAUAUAAACGUACAAAUUUUG